ACUUUAAAGGCGGCGGGGCCCGGGACGAAGGGCGUUGUGGGGCCGAGCUGGAAGCAGGCUGAGCCGGGCUGGGGGUGGCGGGGCGGCGUGUUCGGGGCCAGGCAGCGUGGCCGCCCGCCGGGGACCCCGGCAGCAUGAACCACAAGAGCAAGAAGCGGAUCCGCGAGGCCAAGCGCAGUGCGCGGCCGGAGCUCAAGGACUCGCUCGACUGGACCCGGCACAACUACUACGAGAGCUUCCCGCUGAGCCCGGCGGCCGUGGCGGACAACGUGGAGCGGGCCGACGCGCGGCAGCUGUCGGUGGAGGAGUUCGUGGAGCGCUACGAGCGCCCCUACAAGCCCGUGGUGCUCCUGCACGCCCAGGAGGGCUGGUCCGCGCCCGAGAAAUGGACUCUGGAGCGCCUCAAAAGGAAGUACCGGAAUCAGAAGUUCAAGUGCGGCGAGGAUAACGACGGCUACUCGGUCAAGAUGAAGAUGAAGUACUACAUCGAGUACAUGGAGAGCACGCGCGACGACAGCCCCCUCUACAUCUUCGACAGCAGCUACGGGGAGCACCCCAAGAGAAAGAAACUCCUGGAGGACUACAAAGUGCCCAAGUUUUUCACCGACGACCUCUUCCAGUACGCGGGGGAGAAGCGCAGGCCGCCCUACAGGUGGUUCGUGAUGGGACCGCCACGUUCUGGCACGGGCAUCCACAUCGACCCUCUGGGAACCAGCGCCUGGAACGCCUUGGUGCAGGGCCACAAGCGCUGGUGCCUGUUCCCCACCAGCACCCCACGGGAGCUCAUCAAAGUGACCCGAGAAGAGGGUGGCAACCAGCAGGACGAGGCCAUCACGUGGUUUCACAUCAUCUAUCCCCGGACGCAGCUUCCCACCUGGCCGGCCGAGUUCAAGCCCCUUGAGAUCCUGCAGAAGCCCGGGGAGACCGUCUUUGUGCCAGGAGGCUGGUGGCAUGUUGUCCUCAAUCUUGACACCACCAUUGCCAUCACCCAGAAUUUUGCCAGCAGCACCAACUUCCCCGUCGUAUGGCACAAGACGGUAAGAGGGAGACCAAAGUUAUCGAGGAAGUGGUAUAGGAUCCUGAAGCAGGAGCACCCUGAGCUGGCGGUGCUGGCCGACUCGGUCGACCUCCAGGAGUCUACGGGGAUGGCGUCCGACUCCUCCAGCGACUCCUCCAGCUCCUCCAGCUCCAGCUCCUCGGACUCGGACUCGGAGGUGAGGCCCGGCCUGCCUGCCCAGGGCCUCUGCACGCCGCCAGCCCAGCUCGGUCUAGCAGGGAAAAGGGGAGAGUCGGGCUCUGAAGGAGACGGGAUGACGCAUCGCAGGAAGAAGAGGCGGACCUGCGGCCUGGUGGGCAACGGGGACACCACCUCCCAGGACGACUGCGUGAGCAAAGAACGCAGCUCCUCCAGGAUUAGGGACACUUGUGGAGGCCGGGCUCACCCCUGAGCAGGCACAGACUCCCCGAGCUGGCUGCAGUGCGUGCUGUUGGGCUCUCGCCUCUUGUUCCUCCCUUCUCUGUCUCCUUGAACGUGGAUCUUCCUUCUCUGGCCCAAGCUCCCGUCUUCGAUCACAGCUGUUAGCUGGGAGUAGAGUUCAAGACGUUGAAAAGGCCCAGCCAGCUCAGUGAAAGCCUGAAGCCGCUGAGCUGUUGGGUAAGAAGGUCCGUGCCAUCUCGCUCGUGCCCCACGCUGGCUGAGCUGGAGGCUGCAGGGCUGGGGCCCCUUCCGCUUGGUCAGCCUGCUGCCCUUGCUAAGGACCAUCCCGCUGUGCACGAGCAGCGGCACUGUGUGGCGAGUGACUGGCCCACAAGCAAAGCUGUAGUGUGUGAACAUGUGCUGCCUUCGUGGAUGUCAUCUGUGGUCCUCAAACAGGACGCUGAAGAGCUGAGUACCCAGCACUGGCCAGCAUCCGGGGCUCAGUCGGGCCCACCUUCCCUAAUCCGGUGUCCACAGCGAGCGGCAGGCGCAGAGUGGGGGAGUUGGUGUGUGGCAUUUUGGGGGGUGGGGCAACACCGGGGACAAAGUGGGAAAGGUAUUCCGUGUGCUUGUAGCGCUGAGUUUAAUGUCCUAGCGGGGCCAGGUCCCUGACAGGUUGAGAAGUGAAAGUUUCCCAGCGUGUGGUCUGAAAGGACUUUAAAGCAGGUGGCCUGAGUCGCUGCAGGACACACGCUUGCACUAAGGGUACUGCCCAGGGGUGGGGUGGAGCCUGGAGGAGCGCUGACCAGCAGAGCCCAGCCCCUGCCCUCCUGAGUCACCCACUCGCCUUAACCGUCCUUAGAGUCAUCAGAAUUUGCAUCCUGGGGGUGUCCAGUUCAGGUCCUGUCGGAUGGGGGCUGGGCUUGGGCGCUGGGGGCGGCAAGAGCCCGUGGCAGCCAAGGGCAAGUGGCCCUCUAUCUAGAGUGUUCUGAGGGCAUGAUGUAUGGUCGCCUCUCGGAACCCACCAGAAAGCAGGCUUCAUUCUGACAGGCUGCCUGCCUUCCUCUGGAAGGGCCGGGGUCUCUGCAGUCACCUUGGGAGGAUUUCUGUCCCCUGCCUGACUCACCUGCCAGCUAGGGCUUCUGAAAGAGGCGGAGCAACUCCUGUGGCUCCUGGUGGCCCUGGGGUGUGCCUCAGUGAAGACUGUCUCUUAGGGUAGUUAUAUCUGAAUAGCAUUCCUCCUCUGCUUUUUAAAAGCCUUUUCUUGCCAUUCUCAAAAAGUUUUUUUUUCUUUUCCCCAGUAUUUGACCCUUUUUCUCUCAAUUCCAAACCACACUGUUCUUUAAUAAAACCGGAUACAAAAACCAGGAAAGGCUGUUUGACCACCAGAGGGCGCAGUGGGACACAUUGCCACCGGAGGGGCGGGAUGUGGGCCCUCCAGCUCAGCUAGCUUUCCAGCAGCUUCUCCCGUGCCCUGGGUGCCUCCUGCCUGCCCUGUUGUUGUGGUGCAGGCUUCACGUGGCUACUGGGUGCCUGCUGCCCACGGUGGGCCAGACCUGGGGUGAUGGUUGGGAGGACAGGAAGUUGGAUCAGGUCCACCUGUUAAGCAGUUAGUGUGUGAACCAGCCCUCUGAAUCAUGUCAGCCACAAUGAAGAGAGGAGUACAGUCAACUCUUGAGGUGACAGCCAAUCCUGAAACAGCUGGGGGCUGAAGUGACCUGGGGCCAGGAGCCACUUAUGG